AUGGCUCUCCCUCUCCGGGCUUCCUUAGAGUCUGCGAGGGCCUCUUGGCCCUCCGCUCGGGGCCCCUGCAUGCACCGGUUUGGGGGCUUCUAUCCAGCUGCUGCAGCAAGGGGUGCAGCGCAGCUGGGGCCCCCGCAGCAGAGGGGGGACCCCUCACUUGGGCCUUCCGCUGCGCCCCAGCGGGAGGCUGAGGGCCCCCAGCGGCCCCGGCCUGUGUGCAUGCGAUCUCCCAGGACUUUUCACAGCUACAGGGCUUAUCUGGGGGCCCCGUUGAGGGGCCCGGGGGCCCCCUGGGGAUCGGGGGCCCCCCGGGGUCCAGUGGCCCCCCGUGGGCCCAAGGCCCCCAUCCCAGGGCCCCUUGCAGUGCAUUUUCAAAUGAGCAGCAGCACAUUUUGGGGCAAAAGUUUGUUAGCAGCAAGUAAUGGGUCUUGGCUAGAAAAGGGGACUGCGGGGGAACUGUCUGUGAACUCCAGCAGCAGAAAAGGAGACAAAUCGCGGGCCGGCUGGCGGUGGAGGGCUCUGGCAGCAGCAGCAGCGGCGCCUCUGGCUGCAGGGCCUGUGCAGCAGCAGGAGGAGCUCGAAGAGCAGCAAGAGCAGAAGCAGCAGCAGCAAGAGCAGCAGCAGCAGCAGCCGCCCGGGGAUGCUGAGGUGGCUGCUGCGGGUUCUGCGGUUUGGAAGCGCGCGCAGCAGUACCUGCUGGCGGAGAAGCUGGAGAAGAUGCUGCUAGUGGCGUUCUCCCGGUUGAACAGUUUGCGCAGCAGCCUAAGCAGCAGCAGCAGCAGCAGCGGCAGCGAGGCUUGUCUCGGGGGUUCGGGUUCGUGGGGCCUGUGCGGGUGGGUGCGUUUUUUGCGGAGUUUUUCGUCGUUGCUGCUGGCGACUCUGGACUACAAAGUGACGUUUUUUCGGUUGUACCUGAUGUCGGCGCGGGAGGAGCAGCUGCGCGUGGCAGCAGCAGCAGCAGCAGCAGCAGCAGCAGCAGGGCGCGCGGCGGCGGCGGCGGCGGCGCUGGGGGGGCGGGAGGCGGAGGCGGCGGCGUCGCUGGCGGCGGCGGAGCAGCACGAGGCGGAGAGCGCGCGGCUGGCAGCAGCAGCAGCGCUGCUGCGCAGCAGCAGCAGCGCAGCAGAGCAGCAGGCGCAUGCGCGCGGCGCCGCGCGGCUGCUGCGGCUGUGCAGCCGCCACGGCGGGCUCUACGUGAAGCUGGGCCAGUACGUGGCCACGCUGCAGCACGUGCUGCCAGCAGCCUACGUGGACACUCUGGCGCAGCUGCAGGACAACGCAGCAAGGGUCCCCUGGGGCGAGGCCCAGCUGCUGCUGGAGAGGGAACUGGGGGGCCCCCUGGGGGCCUUUUUCUCCGAGUUCGACCCCGAAGCUGUUGCUGCUGCUUCGCUGGCGCAGGUGCACUGGGCGCGGCGGCGCAGCGACGGCGCGGAG